AUCCACCCAAAAUAAACAAGUCACAACGCCGCCAACUCCAAAAGCUAAUCCCUAAUGGCCGCUGCUACUGCGCCGGUUUCUUUUUGCAGAGCUCACAUUUCUUCUUCUUCUACUCUCUCCAAUCCCUACUCUUCAUCCAAGUUGCCCUUCAAGUUCGGCAAAUUUACGCCUUGCCCAUCAUCCUCUUCUAAGUCUGCUGGAUUUUCCGUCUCUUGCACUUUGGCUAGAGAGGCUCCUGUCAAGAUGGAGGGGAAGGAGGAUUCUGACCCGGCUCUGUGGCAGCGGCCCGAUUAUUAUGGCCGUUUUGGUAAAUUUGGCGGGAAAUAUGUCCCUGAAACCCUAAUGCAUGCUCUCUCUGAGCUCGAAUCCGCCUUCGAUUCCCUCAAAGAUGACCCAGAUUUUCAGAAUGAACUAGCUGGGAUUUUGAAAGAUUAUGUUGGUAGGGAAACUCCUCUCUACUUUGCUGAGCGGCUUACAGAGCAUUAUAGGCGUCCUAAUGGUGAAGGACCGCACAUUUAUCUCAAGAGGGAAGAUCUUAAUCACACAGGUGCACAUAAGAUCAAUAAUGCCGUUGGGCAAGUUUUGCUUGCUAAACGUUUGGCCAAAAAGCGUAUAAUUGCUGAAACUGGGGCUGGUCAGCAUGGAGUUGCAACUGCUACAGUUUGUGCAAGGUUUGGCUUGCAGUGUAUUAUCUACAUGGGUGCACAAGAUAUGGAAAGACAGGCACUUAAUGUUUUCAGGAUGCGGCUUCUUGGGGCUGAGGUCAGGGCAGUCCAUUCUGGAACAGCCACACUGAAGGACGCUACAUCAGAAGCUAUUCGAGAUUGGGUGACUAAUGUGGAGACAACCCAUUAUAUUUUGGGAUCUGUAGCUGGGCCACAUCCAUAUCCCAUGAUGGUUCGGGAGUUCCAUAAGAUUAUUGGUAGAGAAACAAGGAAACAAGCAAUUGAAAAAUGGGGUGGGAAGCCAGAUGUUCUGGUUGCUUGUGUUGGUGGAGGCUCCAAUGCCAUAGGACUCUUUGAUGAUUUUGUUAAAGACAAGGAUGUUAGGUUGAUUGGUGUGGAGGCUGCAGGUUUAGGCUUGGAUAGUGGUAAGCAUGCAGCAACUUUGACCAAAGGAGAAGUUGGGGUCUUACAUGGAGCUAUGAGCUACUUAUUACAAGAUGAUGAUGGACAAAUAAUUGAGCCUCAUUCUAUUAGUGCAGGGUUGGAUUAUCCUGGAGUUGGACCUGAGCACAGUUUUCUGAAAGAGAAAGGACGUGCUGAAUACUACAGCGUCACAGAUGAGGAGGCAUUGGAAGCAUUCAAGAGAUUAUCACGAUUAGAGGGCAUAAUACCUGCUUUGGAGACAUCUCACGCCCUGGCUUAUUUGGAGAAGCUCAGCCCAACUCUCCCAAAUGGAGCUAAGGUUGUAGUGAACUGCAGUGGCAGAGGGGAUAAGGAUGUGCAGACCGCCAUAAAAUAUUUGCAAGUUUAGUAAUGGUGUUUAUGGUGUAAUUUAUUUUAUUUGACAAUAAACUGAUUAAUCCCUGUUUUAGUGUUAUAAGUAUUAGAUUUUGUUUCUCCUUGUUUCUUUUGUUUUCUUUUGGGUAUUCUCUAUCAUAUAUGUUUAUGGGACCAGACUACAGUUAAUGGCAAAUCCAGUUGCAGCA